GGUUGCAGCUGCUGCUGCCCGACGCGCUGCAGUGGCUGCAGGAUGAGCGGGCCCACAUGAAGGUGCAGGCCAUGCAGCUGCUGCAGGACAUCGCGGCUCAGUGCCCCGCCAGCAUGCGCAGCGUGUUCAGCCAGCUGGGAAAACAGCUGCUGGGCUUCUUCUAUGAGGUGAGGCGCGUGGGGCAGCAGGGAGCAGCCACCCCCCCCUCGGCACCGUGCAUCGCUCAGCACCCCUCUGUCUGUGCCCCCCAGGACAACGUCGAGAUGCGCUGGCGCUCCAUGGAAGUCUUUGCGCUGCUCCUGACGGCACCGGGCAAGAGGCAGCUGCUGCCGCAGGCGGAGAGCAGUCUGCUGCCACUCUUCUUCAGCAUGAAUGAGGACUUCCCCAGAGUGGCCCAGGCCGCUCAGAAUGCCCUCACCCACGCCGCCAAGCUCCUGGGCUGGAAGCAGCUGCAACACCUGGCCAGCAAGGGGGACAUGUCGAGGAUUGCUGACUGCCUGCUUCAGAAGGGGGGCAGCGCCAUGGAGCGCUACCUACAGGACAGCGUGCAGCACCUGAACAGCCCCAAGCCGCACGUGCGGGAGGCGGCCGUGCGCUUCCUGGGUGAGUCCCGACCCCGAUGGGGCCCCCUCCCUCUCACCCCCGGCUCAAUGCUGCACUGUGGCUUCUCUGGGGGCACCGUGCGGUCCCUGACGGUGGCCACGCGCGCAGGGCUCCUGGCUCGGCGGCUGAAGAAGAAGAACCGAGGGCAGAUGCCGGACAUCCGCACAGCCCUGCAGAGCGCCGAGAAGGACAGCUGGCCGGCCGUGCGCUGCCUGGCGCAGCAGACGCUGCUGAUCCUCGGCUAGCUGGAAGGCGCGCCGCCCACCACGGAGAGCCCAAAUAAAGGAGCCGUUGCGUUGGAGCUGC